UCUGCCGCAAGCCGCCUUCUUGCUUACCCCCUCCGCGCUGCUGUCGCCUUGCUCCCCCAUCGGCUUGCUCCCGCGCAGAUGUCGCUUGCGAAGAUACUGCCGCCGGGAAAGGUUGGAAUUUGCCUGGCCGGUGCGGUGCCUGGCGGCGGCAGGCGAAGGCGCGGCCGGCCCGUACAUGCGGGAGGCGAAGGACUUCCCGGAUUGCGGCUUCUCCCACACGGUCUUGGUGUUGUGAGAGAGGCAGCAGCUGUCGGUAUUGGUGCUGCUCCUCGCGGCCGUGCGGAGGUCGCUGGCGGCGGCAGGUGGGGGGAGGACGAGGAGGAAAUUCCGUCCGUGUUCAUCCGCAGUGCCUCAGCGCUAGUGAACACAAAUUCUUGCUUGAUUGUGUGGACUGGACGAGGAACUAGCAGGGCAUGUGGAUGGAGCAAACCUUCCAAGAUGCUCGGUGUAGGUGCGGCUCUCCACCCUGUUUCGGCGGCUGCAGCGGCGACGGCGAGCGGCUCUCCUCCCUGGAGCCUCAGGUGGGGCGACCCCGCGGCGAGCGGCGCGGCGGGAGGGAUCCGCGGACAGCGCCAGAACGACGAGGGGCGGCGAAGGAGCUUCUUGAUGGGGAGGAGCUCGGCUCUGCUCCUGGAGGCCCCGGCUCCGCCCUGCCUCCUCUGCUCCUAG